AUGUGUUUUUUUUUUCUUUUUUUUUGUUUUUAUUUUUUCUCGGAAUUUUCAUUGAUUACCGAAGAGAUCUGCAGCAACAAAGCCCAGGAUUCGGAGAAGGCAAAGACGAGCCGCCCCCCCCCACCUGGGGAGGCGGGAUCGGCGGGGGUGCAGAGAAGAAGACAGCAGCAGAUGAGCAGAGACAGCGACAGAGAAGAAAACAGCGAAGGAGAGAACGACGACAAAGACGAAGAGCUUCUAUCCAAGUGGAUACAACACAGAAAUGUGCAGCUGCAGCUGGAGAUAGCUGCUGCAGCAACAGCAGCAACAGCAGCAACAGCAGCAACAGAGGCGUCAGGGGGGGCCCUCCCCUUCUCUCCUGUUUCAAGUAUAACUGAUGAAGAGGCUGCUGCAGCAGCACCUGCUGCAGCAGCAGCAAUGCCGCAGGCUUCUGAGCUGCACAUACACCCGAAAAAGGAGCUCAAGCAAAACGACGAGAGGUUAGAUUUCACCAGCCCUGCAUUUGAUCCUUUGCUGCUGCUGCAGCAGCAGCAGCAAACCUCUGCAGCAGCAGCACCAGCACCAGCAGCAGCAGCUGCUGCUGCUGCAGCAGCAGCAGCGAAGAGCUCCGUCGUUCUUCCCAAUAUCCGCGUUGCUGAGCUGCUGACGAUGAUACUGCAGCAGCAGCAACAACAGCAGCAACAGCAGCAGCAGCAGCAACAGCAGCAGCAGAUACACAACAAGAGCAGCGGAAACGAACGGCAUUUGAGUGUAAACUAA